CUUCAGCAAGCAUUAUUACCAGUUUCAAAUUCUCUUUCCAUUUCCUUACUGGUGUCUGAAUUGGUCUGUGCCAGAGAUGAUCCAGAGAUUCAAGCUCAGCUUCUUGGAACCACCUUCAUGAUGUCUGGAAUUGCAACUCUUUUAAUGUGUACUGUUGGUUGUCGGUUGCCCAUUUUUCAAGGACCAAGUUCUUCGUACAUUAUUCCAUUACUUGGCUUGACGAAUCUGGCUGAGUGGUCUUGUCCAAAUCAAGAAUAUUUGAAUUAUGGUGGUAGACUUCCAGUACCUAGAGAAAUCAUCUAUAAUCAGUUAUCAAAGUUGCAAGGUAGUUUAAUGGUGGCUGGUACCAUACAUCUAUUAAUAGGAUUCACUGGAUUAGUUGGUAUGGUAGCUCGAUAUGUUGGUCCAAUUACAAUCGUUCCGGCACUUCUACUAGCUGUUUAUUAUAUUCAUCGAAUAACCGUUAAGUUUGCAGAAACUCAUUGGGGAACAACAACACUUUGUGGAAUUAUCUUGUCAUUAUAUCUAAGAAACUAUAAAACACCCAUUCCAUUCUGGACAAAGAAAAGGGGAUUUCAUAUCAUAUGGUAUCCACUGCACCAAGUAUUUUCAAUUUUGUUGUCAGUUAUAUUUGGUUGGAUCUUGAGUGUAAUAUUGACCUACGCUGGAGUAUUAUCGUCUGAUCCUACCAGUACGGAGUAUUAUGCUAGAACAGACGCAAGAAAUGAGAUUUUAUCCAGAAAUCCCUGGUUUUUCUUCCCAUAUCCAUGUAAGCAUAAGUUUGCAAUAAAGUCAGCUCUCCUCCGACAAAGUAAGUUCAAAAUUGUACAUUUUUUAGGUCAGUUUUCAAUGCCCCAGUUUGAUACGCCAGCGUUUGCUGGGGCAAUGGUGGCUACGAUUAUGUCCAUUGUGGAUUCUAUUUGCGAUUACAAUGCUUGUGCCAGGAUGUGUUACGUUCCUUUCCCACCUUCACAUGCAUUAAAUCGUGGAAUAUUCUGGGAAGGUCUGAUGAGUUUCUUUGCUGGAAUAACUGGUUGUGGACAUGGUACCAAUUCUUAUGGUGGUAAUAUAGGAGCUAUUGGAAUAACCAAGGCUGCCAGUCGGCUGAUACUACAAGGAUGUGGGGUGAUCUAUGUAUUGUUUGCUGUAUUAGGAAAGUUGAAUGCUGCGUUUAUCACCAUUCCCUAUAGUGUCCUUGGAGGAACUAUGAUACUAUAUUAUGGAAUAUUUUUUGGAGUUAUUUUGUCACAGUUACAGUUUGUGAAUUUAAAUGACACGAGAAAUCUUGCUAUAUUAGGAAUCAGUGUGUUAGUGGGAUUCAUGCUACCUCACUGGGUGGAAAAACGACCCGAUGGCUUAAAUACCGGUAUUGAAGGAUUAGACAGAACUCUUACUAUGUUAGCAGCCAAUGGUGUAUUUGUGGCAGGAUUCGUAGCUUGUUUUCUAGAUAACACAGUUUCAGGUAGCAGAGAAUCUCGUGGACUGGAGGCACAGCUUGGAGGUGAAGAUACUGUUGGGAAACCACUAGAGUUUUUAGAAGGGAAGGAAGUGUACGAUAUUCCAUGGUUACCAAAACGGUUAAAAAAUUCAGCCUUAGCUAGAAUAAGUCCCAUGCUACCAAAUUAUACAGAAAGCUAUAAGAGCGAAGAGCAAAUAAAGAAGAAAUAAACAUAUUUUGCACUG